CCUCCACUGAACAAGACUUGUAUUUGGUUUGCUUUUUAAUUUGAUCAUAUAUAAAACCGGCCUCCCCAGAAAGCUUUCUUUAGUUAGGAACUUAGGAUCAAAUCAAAAUGGCAAGUAUAGUAGGAGGAGGAAACAAAUACAGAGACUACUUGAGUGAAGAAGAGGUGAAAAACACAAAAUGGAGAAAUGGUCCUCCUACCUAUGAUGUUGUUGAUAAGCUCUUUGAAGAAGAAAGAACUCAUGUAUGGUCUGAAGGAUCACUUGAAGAGAAAGUGCAGAGGCUAUUGAAGACUUGGGAAAUGGAAAUGGUUCACAAGGAAAAUCCUAAUGACUUCAAAACUGUUGAUCCAAAAAAAUUCACAAAGAGUGUUAAUGGCAGGAAAGGGUUGACAGCAGAAGAAAAUGCAAAACUUGGUGGUGGCUAUAAUACAUUCCUACAAACAUCAUUGCCAGAGAAUCUUCGAAUCUACAACCCUGACGAGGAAACAUUUGAAUCAUCACAGAAAGUUUUCAGAACCAUUUUUGUACGUGGAUUUGCGAUUGAAAUCCUCCAUGUUUAUUCAGGAACACCAGAAAUAGUGUACAAGUUUAGGCAUUGGGGUCACAUGGAAGGUCCAUUUAAAGGACAUGCCGCAACUGGUGAACUUGUUGAGCUCUUUGGAAUUGGCAUUUUUGAAUUGGACAAAGAGAGUAACAAGAUUGUUAAGGCAGAGUUCUUCUUUGAUAGAGGAGAAUUGCUUGGACCUCUCGUGAAAGGAGAAAAGAAUGGUGAAUUCACAAGUGGGAUGGAAUUGGCUUCUUCAAAAUGCCCUUUCAUGAAAUAAGAGAAAACUAGCAACUUGGGCUUAUUCUCAACAUAAUGACUAUCAAAAUCCAUCCUUUUGCACUUUGAAAUAUUUGUUGUUCUCGGAAGAGCACUUCUAAUUUUAAUUUUGAUUAUACUUGGCAUCAAAUAAGCUUGCUAUUUUGUCAUAUUUGUUUAUCUUUUAAGAUAAAGUUUGAAUAUUCGAGUUGUUCAUUGUAUGGGUCGAAAUCUGCCUGAUAGCAUGUGGGUGGAGUUCUGUUAGGAAUUUGGGAAAACCUAACAUAUAAAAUUGUAUCCCUUUUAAAUA